UUAAAUCAAAACCAGGGUCGAGAUGACGCUAAGAAUGUUGCGACAUAAAGUAGGAAUGCGGCUGGACAAGAUGCCUAGCGGAACAAGACUACGUAGGGAGGGAAAACCCUAGUUGAUAGAACUGAAAACAUUGUUCUAUGACACGGUUUUAUUCUCAAAGAGAUUGAGGAAAUCAAUCGGAGGAUAUGAUGAGACAAACGAUAACGGCUGAGUGGACUCUGGGCUAGGAUGCGCCAAGGGGACUGCCUAUCCAAACGGACAAUUACACACCUCUGAGGGAAAUGUAUUGAUUUCCGAAUGGAUUUUGUUCUACAUUGCACGAAAUGGAAGGAAUGUUUUUGAUUUUUAUCAAUAUAGCUUACCACAUUUUGACCUAGGAUAUUUUAAUGCGUGUUAGCCAAAUUGUUUUGUGUUGCGUGCCUCUACUCGUAGACAGCUAGAAAUGUCUUUGUUGGAAUUGAAUAUGCGGUGUGGUGUAAAACAUACGCCUACUGAACAGGGAGAGAAUGAUUCUCAUUUACCGGGAAUGAACACCACACUAAUCCCGUGUCAAAACGGUAGUGGUAUUCGUAGGAUGAAAUACUACGAUAUAACAUGGACAGUGUCAAGACUCCGCGCAGUGGCCGAAUGUCUGAGACAACUUCGGCUGCUUUUUGAGGACUGUUGCGAGCUGGAUGGUCCUAACCAGCUGAAUGUGUCCAUGGGGCUCCAGGCCCUACAGCAGUCUCUCCAGCCCCUGGCGGAAUGCUACCCAUCCACGGGUCGGGCUCCAGUCAGCCACGCCUUCACCAUGCUGCGUCUCUCCCUCACAGAUGUGAAGGUCCCCAGCAAAUCGGAGACCAAGCGCUACAGUGAGAUCUUCCGGGACUUCGAUAAUUUUGAACUCUCUCUGGUCAACUCCACUGUAGAGGAGAUGUUUCUAGACGCUGACUCCCAGUCAAUCGCUGAGACCGUCUCCACGGAAACCACCGACAACACCGAGCUGGAUCACGUGACGUGUGAGGAUGUCUACCCCCCAGAUGGUGAUGACAAAGAUGGAGGUCUAUCAGCCCAGGAAGCAGACCUGGCCCUGUGUCGCUGUGAGGGAGGUGUGGAGCUGGCCCUGCAGUAUGCCAAGAUGUGGUGCCGCUACGCCAAGGACCUGCUGGCCUGGAUGGAAAAGAGAAUCAGCCUGGAGCAAGAGUUUGCCAAGAACAUCGUAAAGGCAGCAGAAACAGCUAAGUCCUGUGUGGCUCAGCAGGACAUGAUGCCUCUGCAGUACAUCUACACCAUGGCCCUGGAGCACGACGUGAAGACCAGCCAGUCUACUAAACAGACAUCAGAACUGCUGCAACAACGCUGCUACCAGGCCCUGGCAUCCAAGAAGAAUGAGAUUGAUAAGUGGCGCAGGGAGUUCAAGGAUCAGUGGUCCAGAGAACAGAGGAGGAUGAAUGAGGCGGUGGCGGCUCUGAAGAAGGCUCGUCAGCAGUACCUGCAGCGCAGCGAGGACCUGGAGAAGACCAAGGCGGUGACGGCCAAGGCCGGGGACGAGCUCACAGCGGGAAACAAGACCCUGGACAAGAGGAGGAAGUCACGUGACGACGCACAUUCAAAGGUGAUAGAGGCAGAGAUGCAGUACAGACAGUGUGUGUGUGAGGCCCAUGACCACCAGGGCAAGCUGGAGAGAUUGAAGGAGAAAAUCAUAGUUCACACCCGCAAACUCAUCUGCCAGGGGGACACUGUGCUCAAGGAGGCCACAGUGAACAUGUUCUACUUCCAGCGUCAGCAGACGGAGCCGGUUCCCCUGGGUUACCACAACCUGGAGUUGACCUGCAGGCCGUGUGAACCCGGGGAGCCCUACCUGCUCUACAUCUUCAGGAAGAGAAGCCAAGAACAGCCCCUACAAACCUUCACCUUCCAGGAGUUUGUCCCUCAGAACAAGAGUGGCCGUCGUAAGACCAGCAACCCCAGCUCUCUGCAGGACUCCUUCUCCCUGCCUGAAGAAAGUCCAGUUAAACGUAAGGGCUACAGUGACAGUGAGAGCAUAGGAGGCAGUCUGGAAUCUCUGUCCAGCCCAGCCCAUGGCAACAGGAUGCUUCUUAAAGCCCCCUCCACAGGGACCAUGUCAUCAGACGACCUGGAUGAGAGGGACAUGGGCACCGUCCUGGAAGGAGAUUGUGUGGAGUCCACUCCAGAGGGGAACGGUGCGGUGGGGAAGGUACGGCCUACGUCCCGAGCCGCGCUGACGCACCGAUUCCGGAAGAUGAAGAGCAAGAUGGUGAAGUGCAAACAGUGUGACACCUACAUUGUGGUCAACGGCAUCGAGUGUGAGGAGUGUGGCGUGGCGGUCCACAGGAAGUGUCUGGAGGUGUUACAGCAUGAGUGUGAGAACAGGAAGGGCGUUCUGUUUGGCGUGGGUUUCUCCCUGUUGCCCCGGGACCGGCCUGACGAGGUGCCCUAUGUGGUCCAGCGCUGCACGGCCGAGAUAGAGAGCAGGGCCCUCACUCUACAGGGGGUGUAUCGUAUCAGUGGGUCGAAGCCUCGUAUCCAGAAGCUGUGUCAGGUCUUUGAGACCCAGGGGGACCAAGUCGACCUCUCUGACCUUUCACCUCAUGACGUCACCUCGGUCCUCAAACACUUCUUCAAGGAGCUUCCAGAGCCGCUGUUGACCUUUGACCUGUACAAUGACUUCAUCGGGGUGGGCAAGGAGAUCCAGCGUCUCAGUGAGAGGGAGGCGGCAGCAGAGACUCCUGGGAUAGUGAAUGACCUCACAUAUAACCUGAGAGACCUGCUGGAGAGACUGCCCCCAUACCGCUACUUCACACUGCAGCAUAUGAUGCGUCACCUUCACAGAGUAUCAGAGAACUACGAGGAGAACAAGAUGUCUCCCAGUAACCUGGGCAUCGUGUUUGGUCCGACCCUGCUGCGCCCGCUGGUGUCUGUAGACGUGUCCAUGGUGGCCCUACUGGAGACCACCUACCAAGCCCUACUGGUGGAGUUUCUCAUCACACACCACCAACACAUCUUUGAUGCUCCACCUCCCGCCCCCACCACCCCCCUCCCUGACACCCCUCCUCGGGCGAUGUGUUCAGGGGGGGGCCAGAAGACUGUUGCUGGGGUUGACCCUGGGUCCCAGGACCCCCCCACUAGAGGAGCCUCGUCCAAAGAACGCCCCCGUUCCCUAGAGACUCGUACAAUCAAGAGAGACUCGAGCGAGGGUUAUAUAUCUGACAAGUCGUCGUCCAAUGAGGCAGUGGACCAGCUCAGCCCUGAAGCCAGUGAGAGAGCAGUCGUGGCUGUGAGGGGGGCAUCAACAGAGGCUGCUGCUCUGGGUGAUCUGGUAGGGGGUCCAGAGCCAGCUGACUCUCCCUCCGUGGGGACCCAGCCACGGAGCCACUUCAACAGGCAGCCUGUCAAGUACCAGCGCCAGCCCACCCCGGGUCUCCGCCGCUCCGCGGGCACUACCAGGGCUGGGCUGCUCGGGGAAGAGGAGGAGGAGGAGGAGGAUGAAGAGGAGGAGAGGAAGAGAAACCACCCGAGGAGCGCAGACAGCAGCCGUAGCCCCUCCCCAGAACCUGAAUCUGUCAGCCAGAGAAGGAGAAUCCUUCGAUUGGAGCUUCCCCCCGAGACAACUGCCUACCACCUGCUCAGCCAGGCUGGAGGCCACGCCCCAGAGAGCCAGAAGGAAAGAGAGAAGACACGCCCAUAUGAGGUUCCACAGGGCAGGCUGCGGGCAGGGACAGUGGUAGUAGAAACAUCAGUAGCUGAAACAACAGCAGUAGCGGCAGGAGCCAAUCCGACGCCGAGCACCGGUGCUCAGGAGGCGGGGCUUAGGAGUUGGUCUGCCACAUUGUCUCAGCUGAACGUGAACCAGUCCAAUAACAGGCAGGGGUGGGUGGGUGAGAGGCGGAGACUAAGCGGAGAGGAGGGUCUGAGUGGCCCGGCCCGGAAGAUCCUGUCAGGGCUGAAGCUCAGACGUAGCCACUCAGGACUGCAGCAACACUUUGUCUGAGGAGGAGGAAGGUUGGAACUUUGAACCAUAGAAUUAGAAUCACAUUCGAGAAUGGACAUUCCUCAUUCAAGUCAACGUUCCGUAGACUGACAGGAUUCUAUUUCUAUGGUUAAACCAAUAGAAGGGAUGAAUUGUAUUGUGUAACGUCAAGUGUUUUUUACAAAUACAGUGAAAAAUGACAUACACUCAUGAUUACUCGAAUACUCAUAAAUACAGAACAUACUAACAUACAGUACCAGUCAAAAGUUUGGACACACCUACUCAUUCAAGGGUUUUUCUUUAUUUGUACUAUUUUCUACAUUGUAGAAUAAUAGUGAAGACAUCAAAACUAUGAAAUAACACAUAUAGAAUCAUGUAGUAACCGAAAAAGUGUUAAACAAAUCUAAAUAGAUUUUAUAUUUGAAAUUCCGCGAAGUAGCCACCCUUUGCCUUGAUGACAGCUUUGCACACUCAUGGAGUUCACUCAACCAGCUUCAUGAGGAAGGCACCUGUAAUGCAUUUAAAUUAACAGGUGUGCCUUGUUAAAAGUUAAUUUGUGGAAUUUCUUUCCUUCUUAAUGCGUUUGAGCCAAUCAGUUGGCAAGGAAGGGGUGGUAUACAGAAGAUUUGGUAAAAGACCAUAUUAUGGCAAGAACAGCUCAAAUAAGCAAAGAGAAACGACCGUCCAUUACACAUACUUUUAAGACAUGAAGGUCAGUCAAUUCGAAAAAUUUCAAGAACUUAAAGUUUUUUCAAGUGCAGUCGCAAAGUUGUGUAGACCGCCACAGGAAAGGAAGACUCGGAGUUACCUCUGCUGCAAAGGAUAAAUUCAUUAGAGUUUACUGCACCUCCGAUUGCAGCCCAAAAAAAUACUUCACGGAGUUCAAGUAACAGACACAUCUCAACAUUAACUGUUCAGAGGAGACUGCAUGAAUCAGGCCUUCAUUGUCGAAUUGCUGUAUAGAAACCACUACUAAGGGACACCAAUAAGAAAAAGAGACUUGCUUGUGCCAAGAAACACAAGCAAUGGACAUUAGACCGGUGUGAAUCUGUCCUUUGGUCUGAUUAGUCCAAAUUUGAGAUAUUUGUUUCCAACCGCUGUGUCUUUGUGAAUAGGAAUAGGAAUAGGUGAACGGAUGAUCUCCGCCUGUGUGGUUCCCACAGUGAAGCAUGGAGGAGGAGGUGAUGGUGUGGGGGUGCUUUACUGGUGACACUUUCAGUGAUUUAUUUAGAAUUCAAGGAACAUUUAUCCAGCAUGGGCUACCACCGCAUUUUGCGGCGAUACGCCAACCCAUCUGGUUUGUGCUUAGUGCGACUAUCAUUUGUUUUUCAACAGGACAAUGACCCAAAACAAACCUCUAGUUUGUGUAAGGGCUAUUUGACCAAGGAGAGUGAUGGAGUGCUGCAUCAGAUGACCUGGCCUCCACAAUCACCCGACCUCAACCCAAUUGAGAUGGUUUGGGAUGAGUUGGAACGCAGCGUGAAGGAAAAGCAGCCAACAAAAGCUCAGCAUAUGUGGGAACUCCUUUAAGACUGUAAGAAAAGCAUCCCUCAUGAAGCUGUUUGAGAGAAAGCCAAGAGUGUGCAAAGCUGUCAUCAAGGCAAAGGGUAGCUACUUUGAAGAAUAUAAAAUAUAUUUUAAUUUGUUUAACACUUUUUGGGUUACUACAUGAUUCCAUAUGUGUUAUUUCAUAGUUUUGAUGUCUUCACUAUUAUUUUACAAUGUAGAAAAUAGUUUUAAAAAAUAAAGAAAAACCCUGGAAUGAGUAGGUGUGUCCAAACUUUUGACUGGCACUGUAACUCAUCACAGUUAUGCACAUAGAUAUAUAAAUGAAACGCUCACCAAAGGGCCUACUCACACACUGUCCAUACACACUGUCUAUAUACACUGUCUAUAUACACAGACACACAUAGCCAAAUCUAGACUUUAAAUAAUUAAGCCCUAUACUGUAUGUAUAAUUUGCAUCAACAUCCGUUGUAAUGCUAUCAUCAGGACUUCCGUGACAAUUCCAGUCAUGCACACUACACUGUGUGUGUCUUCAAUAGAAACCAAACUGAACCAAAUGGGGAGGGACCUACCUGAAUAUGUCCAAUAGAAACUCUGGUAGCACUUUAUAGCAACUCCAUGUAAUAAAGCAUUUGUAAUGGAUUAGUAAAUAGUUUAUUCAUUUUUUUUCUUAAUCAAUUCUCCAUUCAUAAGAUGUUUAAUAUAGGUCAUUGAAGCCAUUUGAAGAAUCAUUAGUUACGUCGUUUUGCGUGGCCUCAUAUAAAUGGUGUGCAAUUUACACUUUAUAAAUACUUUAUAAAUGUUCUGAGUGACCAGUGUAAUUUCUCACAAAAAGCUGGACAUGCCAUUGGUAGACAGUCGGUCCAGCUGUACCUGAUGCUCCUUAAUUAAGGUCUGAAACAUACAGUAUCAAUGGUAAAAGAAGUAAGUACACAACACAGGAUGUUUAAAGGUCCAAUACAGACGUUUUUAUCUCAAUAUCAAAUCAUUUCUGGGUAACAAUUAAGUACCUCACUGUGAUUGUUUUCAAUUCAAAUGGUCAAAAAUAAAAAAGUCAAUUCUUAGCAAACAGAAAUUUCUCAAGCAAGAAUUUUGCUAGUGGUCUGAGUGGGGAGGGGAAAACUUAAAAACUAGCUGAUAUUGGCAGAGAAUUUCGAAGCUCUUAUACUAAAAGGGCAUUAUCAUAAUUUUCACAAUUUCACUGAAUUAUUCCAAUAUCAUAUUGUGGAAAUAUAUAUAAAACACAGGAAAAUCUAGUGUUUGACUGGAGUGGGCCUUUAAAUUAAGGAAAUAUAUCAAACAUUUUAUUCACGAAAACUGUUGUAGGAAGAGGUGUAAUGUAGAGGUCUGCACCAGACUGAUUUAUUCAUCCCGCUCCUGCCUGCACCCGCUCUCGCCCACACCAGCAGUUUUUCAAACCGCUGCUGGCUUUCUGACUCCCACCCGCUACUGCAAGAACUGGUCCCGAACCCAACUGCAGUCCCGCAAUGUUAUUUUAUGCUUAUGUGGCCCAGCUCACUCCACCCUGUCUCGCACAGGAAUGCAGCCCUCUAUUGUAACGUGAAUGUUUUGCUAAUCUUGUCAACCUCACAAACGCAAACGAGUCAUACAACUGGGAGAUGUAGCCUACAUACAACAGCUGGCCAGAUCGGUUGUUCUCUCUUAUUCAUUCAUUACUACUGAUAGGCCUAUGUGAUUGAGGUAGAUAUGUUCCAUGUAUGAUUUGCAGAUAGAAAUAUGACAUGUAGAACUUUUAAAUCCUUCCAGUCUUUUAACCACACACUAUUUUCACACGGUUUGUUUUUUUGGCGACACUUUUACUGGGCCUUUAAAAUGUAGUCACUCUUUAAACAUAAUGGGAUAGUUCAGCUAAAUUAUGAAUUCAGAUAUUUGUUUCCCUACCUCGCAAGCUGUACUGUACUGACUGCUCCACGCGUUGGUUUUGGUAGAAAUGUCACUGCCAAGAAACGCUAAUGAUAGCAUUUUCAGACGAAAAAACGUUGUUCUACUCAGCAUAGAAUGUGUCUGAAGUUACACAUCGCACUAUUAUUACAACAUUGGGACUGUUUCGGAAUAAAAUGUUAAAUAUAUUUAAAAAUCCUCUGUAUUGUGUGCUUAUUGUUUAACCAUUGAUAUGUUCUAGGGGCCAUUUUGAGACCUGCAGCAGGUACUGCUAGAAUGUCUACCAAUGAAUGGCAUGUCCAUCUUUUAAUGAGAAAUUACACUGGUCACUCAAAGCGUUUAUAAAGUAUAAAUAGCCCACACUUUAGAUCAUGCCACGCAAAAAUACUUAACUAAUGAUUAGACAAUGGUUUAUACGGACCUAUAUUAAAAUUGUAUGAAUGAGUAAUGACUAAUAAAUGAUGCAUGAGCUAUUUUACUAAUCCAUUAUAAAUGCUCUAUUACAUGGAUUUAUUAUAAAGUAAUACCGACACAUGUUUCCAUUGUGAAACGUUUUGCUACUGUACGGUGUGCACUAAUGAAUACACACUAUAUCUCUAACAAGCCAGGAUUGGGCCGGAAACCAAUAGCCAGCUCUGGUAUAGAAGGGACACCAUAACCUAAAUAUAGCAGGAGAAGCACUGUAGUAACCUCUUUAAGGAGAAGUCCACGUGUUUCCAUCCCAAAUGGCACUCUAUUCCCAGUAGUACAUUACUGUUGACCAGUGCCCUAUGUAAGGAUUUGGAAUAGGGUUCCGUUUAGAACACACAUUCACUGUAACCCCUUUAACGAGGAAGCACACUCUCUCUCCUAAAUUCAGGCGAACUAGUUUCUCAGGGUUUCUAUGGGGGGUCAUUUUUUUGUAAAGUGAAUCUGGACGGCUCUGAAAUAUUUGUAACUGUAACUAUGAACUGCUCUGAAUAUUUGGAUAGAGUUUGAGAGUUUUUGGGGAAAAGUAUGCUCUAUGCAGCAGCGCACACAGACGAAGGCUAGAUAGACUGCCCACUUACGGUCACAGGGCUGGACAAUAAAUCGCUGUCUUUACUAUAACCUCAUCCUCUUGAUGAAUUCUGUAAAAAGUCCCCCCCCCCCCAGUUCUGACACGAGUGUUUCCUGCACUGUUCGCCACUCCCUUAAAAACGUGAUUGCCAGGCUUCCACUGUAAACAAACGGUCGAUACAUGUGUGAUUUUUCUAUUAGGGUUUUAUAGGAAGCUCAUCGGAAUGCUGUAAGAUUUCUAUUAAUAAACACAUAUAAAGAUGUACUUACA